UGUAGAUCUUCAGGACGAGGGUUGGGUUGCUUUUUUACAUUUAACAAAAAAAAAAAACCCCGUCUAGUUUCAUUUAACUAGGCAAGUCAGAUAAGAACAAAUUCUUAUUUACAAUGACGGCCUACCAAAUGGCUCCUCUUUGAGGACAGGGAUAACAAAUUCAAAAAUACAUGUAGGACAAAACACACCACUACAUAAAGAGACCUAAGACAACAUAGCAUGGUAGAAACAUUGGGCAAGAAGGUAGCGACAAUACCUCACGCGAAGCAGCCACAACUGUCAGCAGGAAGGACGGAGGGGAAAACCUUCUGCAGAUCGCUGGCGGCCAAAUAGUAUGCAAAAGAUGUUGACAAUAAUCUCCAACGUGCUGAGGGGUAGCGCAAGAAGAAAUGGAGCCCAGGUUGUGUCAGAGGGUGCCAGUCUGGUGGUGGCAUCACGCUCGUAUGCUGAUUUCACUCCUGAGGCCACCUUUGACAUAAAGAAAGUUGACCUUCAUCGUCUGGAGGAGGGCCCACCCCUGACAUCCACUCUGACCCGGGAGGAGGGGCUGAAGUAUUAUCGUACCAUGCAGACCAUAAGACGCAUGGAGCUGAAGGCUGACCAGCUCUAUAAGCAGAAGAUCAUCAGAGGCUUUUGUCACCUGUAUGAUGGCCAGGAAGCCUGUGCGGUUGGCAUUGAGGGGGGUAUCACCCUGUCAGAUCACCUGAUCACUGCAUACCGUGCCCAUGGCUACACCCUCACCAGGGGUGGGACUGUCAGGGAGAUCAUGGCAGAGCUCACUGGUCGUAGAGGAGGCAUUGCUAAGGGCAAGGGAGGCUCUAUGCACAUGUAUACUAAAAACUUCUAUGGAGGCAAUGGCAUUGUGGGAGCUCAGGUACCGCUGGGAGCCGGUGUAGCCCUGGCCUGCAAGUACCUGGGCAAUGAUCAGCUGUGUGUCAGUCUCUAUGGUGAUGGCGCAGCCAAUCAGGGUCAGAUCUUUGAGACAUAUAACAUGUCAUCUCUGUGGAAGUUGCCCAUCAUUUUCAUCUGUGAGAACAACCAAUAUGCCAUGGGCACAUCAGUAGAGCGCUCUGCUGCGAGCACCGAAUACUACAAGAGAGGAGACUACAUUCCUGGCAUUAGGGUGGAUGGGAUGGAUGUCCUGUGUGUUAGAGAGGCCACCAAGUUUGCAGCUGCUCACUGCCGAUCUGGAAAGGGCCCUAUCCUCAUGGAGCUACAGACCUACCGUUACCAUGGACACAGCAUGAGCGAUCCUGGGGUCAGCUACCGCACACGUGAGGAGAUCCAGGAGGUCCGUAGUAAGAGCGAUCCCAUCUCCAUGCUGAAGGACCGCAUGCUCAGCAACAACAUGGCCAGCAUAGAGGAGCUCAAGGAGAUUGACAUUGCGGUGAGGAAGGAGAUUGAAGAUGCUGCACAGUUCGCCACCACAGACCCCGAGCCCCCUCUGGAUGACCUGUGUAGCCACAUCUUUGCCAACGAUCAGCCCUUUGAAGUGCGUGGUGCCACCCCAUGGACCAAGCUGACGUCGACCAGCUAAAGUAGCGUUUCCCAAACUCUGCCCUCGGGACCCCAAGGCGUGCACAUUUGUUUUUUCCCUCGCUCUACACAGCUGAUUUAAAAUAAUCAAAGCUUGAUGAUUAGUUAAUUAUUUGAAUGGGUUGUGUAGUGCUAGGGCAAUAACCAAAAUGUGCACCCUUUGGGUCCCCAGGCCUGAGUUUGGGGAAACGCUGAGCUAAAAGCUCUUGUGCCCCACCCCUUUGUCUCCCAGGCCUGAGCUUGGGGAAACGCUGAGCUAAAGGCUCUUGUGCCCCACCCCUUUGUCUCCCAGGCCCUUCCCCUAUCCUCCAUCAACGCACAUUUCUCUUUGCACACAUCACCUUCUCCAUCUCAGCCAAUGGCCUUCAUGGACUCUAAUCUCUUGCCCCAAACAGAGAAGUUAAGAACCUUUCAUUGUCCCUCUCCAAAUGUUCUGAGACUGGUCACAUGGACCAAUUGUCCUUAUCAACAUUACAGGCGUAGUUACUCCUAUUCAAUGAUUGUGGUUGGUUUUCUCUCCAAAUAUAAGAUUAAAAGGUAUUUUAAAUCAAGUGAUUUACAUGGGGAUUAUUUUUUUGUCAUGCCAAAUCAAAUCUGUGCCUGUGUUUCGACGAUGAGCGUCUCUAGGCUGCGGGUCACUCAUAGCAGAACACAAACACUGCAGAGCCACGUGGAUGAAGUCUGGAUAUUGUGGUGUGAUGCUUCAGAGAUAUUAUUAAAUCAUGUUGACCUCAUGCCUUCACAAUCUUGUCAGUCAUACCCCAACUUUGUAGACAAUGAUUGUCCUUCUAAAUCAUUAUUUGCCCUGCUCUCUUGUUCCCUGAAUUUUUUUUCUUUUUUUUUCUCUAUCAGCCUCAUGUAUUUAUUGCUGAAUGUGUUUUGUAACUGACAUCCCAGUGCGGUUUGUUCAAACUACAACUACUUUAAGCAGGAAUAGAAAAUGCUGAUUUUUUGGGGGGGUCGUCAACUGUUACAGUGGAUAAUGGUCAGAGAACAGUGGGGCACUACACACAGAUCUGUCCUAGUUUUCCCCAGAGAUGCUAAUGUGUCAGGAAGUGUAUGUAUGCCUUGAUUGUCUUUGUACAGUCUAUCAAACAAAUAAACUUAGAAAGAAAGCUUUGUAUACAAAUGUG